GAUGAAACACAUGAUUGGUGGAGCAAAUAUUACGCUUCUCUCGAGGAGGAAAGAAAUCGUGAACUCGGAAUUGUAAGGAACUUACUUCCAGGUCAAAAACCAGUUCCCACAUUUAAGAAAUGGAACCAAAGUUCUCGAGAUUUCAAGACAGACUUCGAACUUUUGAAUUGUGGAGGGGCAAAAGAACUGGUGACCCAAAUCAGGAUGAGAAGAAUUUUGCCGGAAAAUUUAAGGGAUUUAUAGCAUUAUAUCAAUGGCCUCAUCCUGAACAAUUGCUAUGCAAAUCGAGAACAGGUAGAAAUGCAAUCGAUGGUCUGUACAACGAUUAUCCUUCACAGGAACCGCUUCAACUACUUGUGCGGCUGUACGUUAUAAAAGGAAUCAAUUUACAUCCCAAUGACCCACUCAGUGGAAAAUCUGACCCGUAUCUUCGCAUUAGACUGGGAAAAAAUUCUAUCAACGAUCGAAAAAAUUACAUUCCAAAUAAUUUGAAUCCAACUUUUGGCAAAUUUUUUGAAAUGGAGGCAACAUUUCCAAAGGAUCACCUCAUGACAAUACAGAUUUGGGACUAUGAUGCAACCACGCCAGAUGAUUUGAUUGGAGAAACAAAAGUUGACAUCGAAAAUCGAUUUUAUAGUCGACACCGAGCGCAUUGCGGAAUCGCGAGGACAUAUAAUACAACUGGAUACAAUGCAUGGCGAGAUAAGGAAAAACCAACUCAGAUAUUGGACUUUUUAUGCCAGAGGAACAAUCUUCCUUCUCCGGACUAUCAGAAAGAUUGUGUCAAGAUUGGAAAACGAAAAUUCCCUUUUACUGCAAUUGUCGUUAACGAGAACGAAAGAGAAGAAUGUAUGGCUUUAAAUGUCCUUCAUCACUGGGAAGAAUUUCCCAUUUGCGGUUGUGCUUUAGUACCCGAGCAUGUUGAAAGACGACCACUUUUCAACCACACAAAACCGGGACUAGAACAGGGAAAGUUAGAAAUGUGGAUAGACAUGUUUCCGAUGAGCGAACUUCCGCCAAAACCGCCGAUUGAUAUCACGCCUCAAGCACCGGAAGAUUUCGAACUUCGUGUGAUAAUUUGGAAUACCGAGAACGUUCCCCUCGUUGAUAAUCAAUUCCUGACUGGCGAAAAGUGCUCCGAUAUCUACGUCAAAGGUUGGAUUCUUCCCGAGGAUAUUCAAAAGACCGACGUACACUAUAAUUCGUUGACGGGGGAGGGAAAUUUCAACUGGAGAUUCAUAUUUCAUCUGACUUAUUUAAGAGGCGAGCGUUUAAUGAUUAUCAAGAAGAAAAUGUCUGCCUUCGCUCGAGAUGAAACGGAAGUGAAACUACCGUGCAGAUUGAAUCUCCAGGUUUGGGACAGCGACCACUUUUCCUCAGAUGACUUUUUAGGAUCACUAAGCUUAGAUUUAACGAAAAUCCCCAAGGGAAGUCCUAAUUCGAAAAGUUGUACAUUGAAGCUUCUAGACCCUUCUUCGCCUACUAUUAAUUUAUUCAAGAUUAUGAAAACCAAAGCCUGGUGGCCUUUCAGAUCAACGGACGAGACAGGAAUAUAUGUACCAGCUGGAAAAAUAGAAAUGGAAAUGAUAUUGGUGCCCAUCGUUGAAGCUGAAGAGGAACCAGUAGGAAAAGGAAGAAAUUCUCCCAAAGCACUUCCUCCGCCAAACCGACCUGACACGUCUUUUUCUUGGUUCCGAAAUCCGUGGAAAGCUUUUUGCUUUGUGGUUUGCCGCCAUUACAAGUGGAAGAUUUUUUGCUGCAUUGGCGUUCUUCUACUUAUUUUUCUUGCAGGUUGUGGUAUCUAUGCCUUCCCUGGAUAUUUCGUCAAGCGUCUUUUGGGAGCUUGAAAGUUAAGAUAACAUGAAAAUGUGGUCUGUACUAAUGGCGAAAUGAAAAAAAGGAGAGAACAAAAAAAAAAAAACAAGAAGAAACU